CUUUUCUUCACACUUUUGGGCGCGUGAAGGAAAAGCGCCCGCAUCGCAUGCACCGAGAUUUGGACUGUGACGUCACGUCAUGGAGCUACCGCUGCUUGUGAUCGCGAUGACGAUAACGUCGCAGUUGCAGUUGCUGGGCGCGUCCGGUCGCCACCUUAGCAAGCGCUACACCAUCAACCCGCUGGGAUACAAGUGGCCGCACCGAAACAUCACGUACAGGUUGGAGUCGUUUCCCGACACGCUGAGCGCCGACGCCACCAGGAAGGCAUUCGGCUUGGCUUUCUCCAUAUGGAGCGACGUGUCCCCGCUCAGCUUCACCGAAGUCCACAACCGCACAGCCGACAUUACCGUCGGUUUCUACGCGUCCAACCACUCGGACUGCUGGUCGUCGCCUCUGCACCCGUGUUUCGACGGCGCCAACGGCGAGUUGGCGCACGCUUUCCUUCCGCCGCGCGGUGAGAUCCACUUGGACAAGCACGAGUUCUGGAUCGUCGGGAGGUCCAGGUUCAGCUGGAGACACGGCGUGUGGCUGAACGACCUGGUGCAGGUGGCCGCGCACGAGAUCGGCCACGCGCUGGGCCUGUGGCACUCGGCCGACCCGCGCGCCCUCAUGCACCCGAACGCCACCUUCACCGGCCAGAGGAACGUCGGGCGAGACGACGUCCGGGCCAUACGGAGGCUCUACGGCUGCGUGGACAAGAAGCGCGCGUGCGCCGCUUGGGCCGGCUCGGGCUGGUGCGAGCGUCGCCGGCGCUUCAUGAACAAGAACUGCCCGCGCCGCUGCCACCUGUGCUUCGAGCCGCCGGACGCCGCGGCCACGCCGACGCCGCCCCCCAACGUCAAGGUGAAAGUGGUCCCUCGGGGGAAGGUGGUGGGCUUUCGCUGCGGCACCAAGAACCUGUCGUCGCCUCCCGACGUCAGCUGGUACAAAGACGGCGAGCGCAUCGCGGCGUCCGUCCCGGGCCACAUCGCGCUGAAAGGCCGCGACCUCCGAAUCGUGGCCAACGAGUUCAACGAGGGCGUGUACACCUGCCGUCUCCGCCGACGGCGCCGCGGCGACGCCGUGGCCGCCGACUCCUGGAGCAUCCGACUGAGCGACGCCGGAGGAGCGUGACCUCGUUCGGGGAGUAUUUCGCUCGUAAAGCCGUUUGGACCGUCGCGGCGACCGCUCGCCUUACCAAGUCAGAUGGAGUUACGAUCUCAUUGAAACUCUUUAGAAAGUCUGCUUUCGUCGAGAAUUUUGGAAAUUGGACAAUACUUUGUUUUUGUUUUUAAAUGAAAACCUCAAGAAACCUUUUUGUUUUUGCAUUAUUCAAAUAUUCAACAUGAAAUACACAUUAAAAACCAAAAAGAGAAUAUUGGCGAGUAUUUUUUUUGAUUACAAAAAAAAAGGAAAAAAAAAUCUUUUUUAAAGAUAACGGUUCAUUCUUCAAGGUACCAUGCGAGUGUGUUUUUCGUCAAAGGACUACAAUAAAUAAGUAUCAUAUAGUCAUAAAAUAUUAUAGCAUAAAUAGGAAAAAAAGUUUUGACGACGACUUUCCAGAAACAUUCGCAAUUUAU